UUCACUUCCGCCCAGCGGUGUGUCGCCACAGUGCAGGUGUGCGUUCAGCACAGCUAGCCGCGCUGAUUAUCAUCACCUCCACUGCUACAAAAACAUUACUAAAUGCUAUCUUGUAACAGCAUCUUAACUUACUGAUCUUUCCUCACUGUUUUUCCUACCCGGCUCUGCGCUGAGUGACUUCGGUUGAUUUAAAACUUUGAUAAAACAACGCUGGAGCUAUAAGGCUAACUAGCACUAGCUAAAGCAAGCUAGCGCUACCAAACAGAGCCAAGAUGGACGAAGCUGCUGCAGCUGCUGCAGUCCAAGAGGACGGAGCAGAGGAGACAGCCCGUAAUGGAGACACAGAGUCUGAAAACAACGACGGUACGACGGCUGAGGACCUCGCUGAUGGGGUUGGGGUUUUCUGCUGUCGGGAUUGUGGAGAAGCCUUUAGAGAGGAGGCAGCCUACUUGGAGCAUCGCCGUCAGCACCCCAAGGAGAGCGUGUUUUUAGACAACCAGUUGGAUGGCUUACAUGACGCAGAAAAGGACAGCGGAACAGCUCAUUUCUGUACUUUAUGUUCACUCUCAUUUGUUGAACCAAGUGAGUUCCUCUCGCACAUGGAGAAGAACCACGGUCAAAGCUCCCAAAAGGAUUCUAGCAUUCAAAUAAAUUCUGGGAUGACGAAGCAGCAAACCUAUGAAUGUCCAGACUGUGGGAAAUGUUACGGUGUGAUUGGACACUUUCUCAACCACCAGCGCUCACACAGACAAGCCUCCAAGUCAGUUUUUCAUGACCUCGAACAUUUGAAAAAGAAGUCGUUUCAGUGCGAGUCUUGUGGGCGGAAUUAUUCUCGCGCUUCAGCUCUUGAUGCGCACCGCCGUUGUCAUGAGGAAAAGUUAGUCAAGUCACGAAACAGGAGUUCAGGAGAUGCAUUUCACACUGAGGAGUCAGUAGUUGAAGCCAAGCCCAGUGAAAACCAGACAGAUGAUACUCCUGAAAAAGCUUUCAAGUGUUCAUGCGGUAAAGCUUUUACUGCUCUUAUGCGCCUUAAAACCCAUCAGCGAUUUAGCCGCAACAGUCAGUGCUCUCCUGAAGAAAUGAAAGAAAAACCAAAGAAAAGCAGCAAUGAGUUUUACUGUAGUGAGUGUAACAAGGCUUUCAAUGGCCAUAUCGCCCUAUUCAACCAUCAGCGAUGGCAUGCUAACCACUCAAACGAUUCAGCGAAAAGGUUCCCUUGUGAGGAAUGUGGAAAAGUAUUUAUGACUCUAACCUUCUACUACAGACAUCAGCGCACGGCACACAGCGACGAGACCCCAGCAAAGUCGUUUCUUCAUCAAGUAUGUCAGCUACAGAAGAAGGCGUUUGAAUGUAAAGAUUGUGGGCUCAGGUUUUCCAGGGCCUCAGCGCUUCACUCACAUCAGCUUCAUCAUACGGAUGUUUUCAAAGAAACAGAGAAGGAAGCCCAGCUGCGCACCUCUCUGUUACCUCAACAGAAAGCUUCGGAAGGCAAAACAAAAGAGACUGAGCAGGAACAAGUGGAAGCUGAGAAUAUGCUUCCUACCAGUAUGGCUGAAGAAGACUCGCAUGUAAAUGAGAUUGAUGAAGACAUGGAGAGUUAUGAACCCGGGGACUUUAAUGUACAAGUGAUCAGUGCAAGUGAAUCUGAGGACGAGCCCGUUCAAGACCCGAAUCCUGAUCUUGAGCUGCUGUGUGAAUCGGAUCAGGAAGUAAGGGAUGACGACGACACUGGGAUUUCCCCCAGUAGCACUGUUUUAAAACCAGAGAUGGAUUUGAAAAUUGUACAGAUUGACUUUGAGCAAGCCGACAUGCCGUGUGCACUGGUAGCGAGGGAGGCCGAGAAUAUAACGACAGGGGAAAGAUUCGAUUGUCCAGAGUGUUACCGUUGGUUUUCUAGUGCUUCAUCACUGCGAGUUCACAGAAUGUGGCAUGGCGUUCAUAAGAGAAGACAACAGACUCAAGGCAAACGGUGCAGUCUUACAUGCAAGGAUUGUGGACUGACGUUUACACACCUGAAAGUCUACGAGACUCACCUGCACCAGCAUGCCCUGGAGGAGGAAGAAGAAGAGGAG